AUGGGAGGUGCAGGGAGUGGUGAGAUAUGGAAAGCACACACCGCCAUGGCGAUUGUGCAGUUGUUCACCGGAGGUUAUCAUGUUAUCACGAAAUUGGCUCUUAAUGUUGGAGUCAACCAGAUUGUUUUUUGUGUUUUUCGUGAUCUCCUUGCUCUCUCUAUUCUCGCUCCCAUCGCUUAUUUCCGUGAAAGACGUACACGGCCACCCCUAACAAAGCACUUCGUGACAUCAUUUUUCUUUCUUGGAUUAACCGGGAUAUUUGGAAAUCAUCUUUUGUUUCUUAUUGGUUUAAGCUAUACUACUCCAACAUAUGCUGCUGCGAUUCAGCCAUCUAUUCCAGUCUUUACAUUUGUGUUGGCUAUAAUGAUGGGUACAGAAAGAGUAAACUUGCUAAGAUAUGAAGGUCUGGCCAAGGUUGGAGGAAUUUUCGUCUGUGUUUUGGGUGCCUUAGUAAUGGUUUUGUACCGUGGUCCAGCACUGAUAGGAUCUUCAGAACUGGACCUUAUAUCACAUAGUGAAAUAAGUGCCAGAGGUCAACCAGAGCCUUCUGGAUGGUUAGUUAGUGGUUUAAUGGAUCUUGGAUUUGACCAUUUUCAUCUCGGAGUUAUGUGCUUCAUAGGGAACUGCAUGUGCAUGGCUACUUUUCUAUCCAUUCAGGCUCCAUUAUUAAAAAAGUAUCCUGCAAGCCUUUCUGUCACAGCAUAUUCAUACUUCUUUGGAGCUUUACUGAUGGUAACUACAUCAUACUUCGUAACCGAUGAGUCAACUGACUGGAGUUUGAAUCAGUCUGAAACAUUUGCCGUUUUAUAUGCUGGAAUUAUUGCAUCUGCACUUAAUUAUGGAAUCAUUACAUGGAGCAACAAAAUCUUGGGCCCAGCCAUGGUUGCCCUUUAUAAUCCACUUCAACCUGGGGCAGCUGCUCUCUUAUCUAGAAUUUUUAUUGGAAGUCCAAUUUACAUGGGAAGCGUGUUAGGUGGAUCGCUAAUCAUUACUGGUCUGUAUGCGGUUACUUGGGCAUCAUAUAGAGAAAGACAGGCAGCUGCUGGAGUUAUUCCUCAUCAUGCUUCUUCUUGGGUCUCUGAAUCACUUAACAAGUCUCCGUUUCAUAGAGUUAACAUUUUCUCAGGCUCCUCUGGUUUAUUAUCCCCAAAGCCAUCGGAUUGA